AUGAGCAGCAACUCGCGAAAGCCCACCGGAAUGAAGGGCAAGGUGCAUGACCUGGCGACUACACUCCAGUCUCAGAACGAGGAGCUCAGCAUUGAGAAAGGUCACGUGCACAAUAUCAAGGCCGACAACGCCAACUCGUCAUCGGGCAUGCAAGGGCAGCUCAAUGACAUAAAGCGCUACUUUGCAGCGGACGUGCAGAGGUUCAAAGUACAGCAAAAGUUGCAGGAGGCUGAGAAUGUCCGCCUUCAGCAACAGGUGACCCAGCUCAAGGGCGAGAAGACAUCGGUUCACCAACAGAUCAUUGCCCUGCAGCGACGCAUCGAGGAGAUCGAGGAGGAGAUUGGACAUGAGUGA